CUAUCAACCAUGUUGGACGUGCAUGGAUGUAUGCGCAUGCUCCCGUGAUUUGGCGUUCUGGGACUAGCCUGAUUGGUUCCCCGCUAAACUUUUCCCUCUCCACCGGCCAACUGCGUGAGAACUUGUCCCAUCGCAUCGUCUACCCAGCUGAUUUCCACAUAUACUUAUACUGUACGCUCUUCGGUUCAAUAUUGCCGCAGACGCGUCAUAUCGAAAAUGGCAGCGAUCGGAUCUCUCGUCUUCUGCACCGAUUGUGGAAACUUGUUAGACGGCGGUGCUGGCAAACAAAAUGCCAUCCUGACCUGCCGGGUAUGCGGAGCGCAAUGCAAAGACACGUCAUCCAAAGUCAUCGUGACCCACUCCAAGCCUACUGCAUUCCCAUCGGCUUUGCGCGCAAAGCGAUCCGAGGUGCAAACCGUCACUGAAGACGACAUGCAGACGCAUACUCUUAUCAAUGAGACGUGUGGAAAAUGUGGGCGAGAGGAGGUCCGCUACUACACUCAGCAAUUGCGCAGUGCAGAUGAAGGCUCCACCGUCUUCUACGAGUGCGAAUGCGGGAACAAAUGGAACACAAACAAUUGAGCCACAGACCAAUGCAAUGCUUUUAUUCUAUCUAUCCCUUUCCAAAACGCCCUCUUAUGCACUCAUCAUACGGCCCAAGCCUCAUGCCGCAACCGACUGGGAUUCCGGUACUAUGGCGUAUUCCACCUCGCCGUUCUUUUCAAACUCCGCCAUAUCAAGCGCGACAACCACACUAUCGCGCACAACUUGCUCCGGAUCAUUCAAGAAUUUCUUGAGUGUAUCCUCUACUCCCACUUCGUCACCCAUACUUCCCAACGCUUCUGCGGCCUCGUGUCGUACCAUACUUUGCUCCUUAGUGUUGCUGAGAGUCUCGACAAGACUGGGGAUAGAUGCUGGGUGCGAUAGCUGGCCAAAGACAAAUGCAACCUCGUGGCGAAAGAGUGCUGAAGGAUCCUCGAACCCCCGAGCCAAUGCAUGCACGGCCGGUACAGCAGUAGGAAGAUCUGGGGGCGACGCAAGAUCCCUCAGUGCAAACAUGGCUCGGUAACGUU